AUGGUGUGCUGUAUGAAAUGCAAAGCCGGAGGACAGUGCAUAGAAAACUCUCGUAAAGUCAUAUUUCCAGGAGUGCUCGCAGAUAAGCGCACGGAUAAAGAGUUUAGAAAUGCUUUAACUAAGCUAUCCACUAGUAAAAUUUCACCGUUAAUCGAACUGAGCAAAUUUAACUUUUUCAAGGGUAUAAUAGUCGGUGACAGGCGUCUACUGAUCGAUUUAGGCGUAAUGCGGAAACUGUUGAACGGAUGGGUGAAUGGCAGCUUGGAUCCGUUUCCGCAAUGGUCUAGCAGUAUGCAGCAUGAAAUUUCCGAGCUUCUAAUAGAGAUGAAAUUUCCUUCGGAAAUAAGCCACAAAUUGCGCUCGUUAAAUCUUCUUUCGAUUUGGAAGGCAGACGAGCUAUGCACGUUCCUCCACUAUGGCAGCAUCGCGGUUUUGAAGCAUAGAAUCAGCAACGAAGCGUAUCAACACUUCAAGUUGUUCUAUUGUGCGAUAACUUUUUUGUCAUCAAAAGCAUACGAACAGCAUUGGGAAUACGCUGGUCAAUUGCUGGAAGAAUUUGUAAAAAAAUUCAGUACUAUUUACGACAAAUAUCACUUGACUACAAACGUUCAUAACCUGUUGCACAUAACUGCGGAAGUGCGCAAAUAUGGACCGCUGUCCUCAAUUUCAAGUUAUCCAUUUGAAGAAAAGUUUCAGAACAUCAGAGACUUGGUCACAAAGAUGGAUGGUUUCUGA